GCUACAUAACGCCCCACUGACUGCGGUUCGUCUGCUGUUUUUCCGACCCGAAUGUAUCGAAUUUUCAUCGUCGCUUUCAUCUCGCUCGGUAGGCUCAGUUAGAAUUUGUGCGCGUCGCCAGGCAAAGGUGAUUUCUCAUGUAACCGUGCGUAAAAUCAUCAAUCCGGUGUCAAGUGCUGACUGACGUUGGGGGUCAUUGGGCGCCGUCGGGGAUUGCCACCAGUUUUCUCUCACCGCUAGAAAGCGGUUUGUUUGUUCUGGGUUGCGGGUGGGAAAUAGAUCCUGUGUGUUUUUUUCUCGCUGGAUUAGACACGAACGCGACAGGAACAAGUGAAAGCGAUGAAGCGGAAAUAGUGCGAAUCACAAAGUGGUUGUCGUUUAGCUCAAAUGAAUGUGUCCAGUGGGAGUAGGAGCAGGCGACAGUGCGGUAUUUCAUAGAAAUAUUUGUCAGCUGCAGAAGUGAAGAAAUAAAAAUUAUUGAUUGCAAAAACGCAGCGAAUCUGCAGCGAAGAACGACUAGUUUUCAGGCAGUAGUAGUGGUAGUGGGUGCAAAAAUAGUGCAAAUGUUAUUACCGACCCCAAAUGCACCAGCAGCAGCAGCAGCCGCCGCCGCAUCCGACUAUGCGUGUAUGUGUUCAAGUGUGCAGCGGUCGGUAAGCAGAUGUACGCUCCUUUAAAAGCGGAAAAAUAGCUAAAGUGCGCUCUGGUGCUGUUAAAUUAUUUACGGCACUUAGCGGAGGAAAGGUUUCUAGCGGCCGGAAAGCAAUAUGCAAAUGAAAUGAAUUUUUCUUACUUUCUAAUCUACCGUGUGUAGGUGUGCCUGUUUGUCCCUCUACAUGUAGAUGUCAGUGAUCUGUGUAGUUAAAAUAGUGUUUUGCUCGUUACGUAUCAAAAAUAUCGCAGAUAUUACAACAAUCUACCCUAAGUAGGUUAGUGGAAAAAGUGCACAUCACGAGUUCAUCUGCUCGAGUUAUGUAAUUUCAUGUUUACUAAAAUUGUGAAGUACAGUUGGAAAAGCAGAUUUGUACCGGUGUAAUUGCUACUGUCGUGGAUAAAAAGUUGAUACAAUACCGAGAAAUGUGGGUGAAAGCGUUUGUUGCGGAUCAAACAACUUUAAAUUGAAGGAGAAACGGUUGUGCUGGUUAAAAAUGUGGUAGCAGGUAGCAGUUUUUGAGCAGAUUGGUACACAUUUUCCCGUGACGGCGAUAAUCAAUCUAGCGCUAGCGCACUGUCAACCCGUCCCGGCCCUUCCAAGACAGCUUGAAGCCACGGCGGGAUAACAAAACCGGACAGAUUCCGGGUACGUCGUAAGCAGAAAAAUGUUCUCGGUUGCCGGCAGCUUCGGUAGUGAACGCUUUUGUUACUACAGCACAGACAGUGGAUGUGGUCUGGCUGCGUUCUAGCUGGCUGUGUGUCCUUCGGUUGUCCGGUGAGAGCAUACCAGCCGGAUGGCGGUCCCACCCACCGAGGGUGAUAAUCAAUUAUUAUAAAACCGAUCCUCGACGUCAGGGCGGAGGAAAACCUGUCGCAAGAAGAAGGACGAUAGUAAUAAAAGUCAUCCCUUGUUCGGAAAGUUUGAUCAAUUCCUAGCAUAGUGCCAUCUGUAGCAGCAAAUUGGCUUCGAUGGGGAAUUUUCCGGUGUCUGGCAGCGCUACACAUGGCACCGUUAUGGAUGGGCUAGUGGUAUCUCAUUUCAAACCGUAAUUAAUAAACUGUGAGAAUCCAGUCUAGCCGGUGCCGUCACGGUCGGGUUUCCCAUUAAAAUUUUAAUAGGAUAUGAAAAGUUGACUUGACGACAUCCCCGGGAGUGUAGCUGUAGAUGAUAAGGUGAAAUUUUUAUUCAUAGAACUCUAUCCUCGGUGCAAAAGGUUUUGUCGAGAUCAAAGAGCGAAUGAUGCUGUAAAGAUUAAAGUAAAAAAAAGAUGUUCAGAAGUGCGAUACCGUUAAUGGAGCAUCGGAGCAUGUUUAGAAAUAUACGUGUUAGGAGAGUAGAACCACAGUUAGUCCUUUGAACUGCACUCAAACACCAAGCACACAUCACGCGUACUUGUAGAAUAGUACAGAUAAAACAGUAACACGAAGAGACCCUCCAAGCAAUUAUCGCAAAUUGAAAGAGCCACUUCUUGGUCCUUAUAUGGACGCUAGACUAGGCAUUUUGCGGCUUGUUAAUGAACUCAAUAUUGGAAGCCAGCAUCGCGUAUCUUCGCCGAGUGCCAGUGCUGUUCCCGAUUUUGACAUUUCGGCGGUUCCGAUCGUCGGCGGUAGUAUCCAAACGGUAGCACCUUUCGCCCUGUUGACCCUAAAUCAAACCUUGAGUCACACCGCAGCCGGCGCUAGCGGUUCCGGUGGCUCAAAUGCGCUCAGUUCGGCAGCUGCCAGCACGACGACCACCACUGCCGGAUCGAUCAUCGCGUCGACUUUAGCCGGCAAAGCACUCGAUCAUGAGCCGGAGAUCGACACCAUCCGGAAGGUGAUCAUAUGUAUCGUUUUACUAGCUGUGAUAUUCGGCACCAUCGUCGGCAACAUCCUCGUAUGUGUUGCCGUCUGUUUGGUGCGCAAGCUGCGAAGACCAUGCAACUAUCUGUUGGUUUCACUGGCCGUGUCCGAUCUGUGCGUUGCGUGUCUCGUAAUGCCACCCGCUUUGAUGUACGAGGUCCUAGGCGAGUGGAAUUUCGGUCGAGUUUUCUGUGAUAUCUGGGUAUCGUUCGAUGUCUUAUCGUGCACGGCUUCGAUAUUGAACCUAUGUGCGAUAUCCGUCGAUCGGUACUGGGCCAUCACCAAGCCGUUGGAGUACGGCGUGAAGCGAACUCCCCGUCGGAUGAUGCUUUGCGUGGCACUGGUCUGGCUUGCAGCGGCCUGCAUUUCGCUGCCACCGCUGCUUAUUCUAGGCAAUAAGCACACGAUCGGCGAGGGUGCCGAUCAGCGGCCAUUUUGCGCCGUCUGCGAAGACGUAGGUUAUCAAAUUUACGCCACCCUGGGGUCGUUCUACAUUCCCUUGGCGGUAAUGCUUUUUGUAUACUAUCAGAUAUUCCGAGCCGCCCGACGAAUAGUGAAGGACGAAAAACGGGCCCAAACAAGACUGGAAAACUCCCUCGCAGUGGAUAAAAACCAAGCCAUGCUCAAGCCACCGGAACCGGAAGCGUCCGCUGGAUCGCCCCACCAGAAAAAGCUUCGUUUUCAGCUCGCCAAAGAACGAAAAGCGUCUACCACACUCGGUAUUAUUAUGUCCGCUUUCACUGUGUGUUGGCUGCCGUUCUUCAUCUUAGCUUUGGUGCGGCCACUCAUGGACGACGAUUAUCCGACCCUGUCGUCCUUCUUCCUGUGGUUGGGUUAUGCUAACUCAUUGCUCAAUCCGAUUAUUUAUGCCACUUUAAAUCGUGACUUCCGCAAGCCGUUCCAGGAGAUCCUCUACUUCAGGUGCUCUAACUUGAACAUCCUGAUGCGGGAGGACUUCUAUCACAGCCAGUACGGAGAACCUGGCUCACAGCGGUUCGUGCUGGAUAAUGAAGGUCAGCAGACGGCGCGGGAGAGCUUCCUUUGAAAAGAUACAAUCAGUGCACCGAUCGGCACGAAAGACGACAACUGACCGAACGACGGACAGGACCGAACGACCGAAGCAAGUUACCUGCACCCACUCAUAGUUCCGUGCUAGCAGUAGCAACUCGUAGUUGUAGGAUAGCUACUAGUAGUAGAGCAACAGUAGUGUGUAGUAGUUUUAGCUGUAGUAAUAGUAGCUUCCGAGAAGUGAACGCGCGAUGAAAACCAUCCUGUUCAGCAGUGUAAGAUAGCGUUGUGAACCGUAAACGUUGUAAACCCUGGGCGGUUAAGGCCUAAAUACGCUAAUCACUGAGGAAAAAUUUCGAUGGAACGAUAGUUCUGGGAAUACGCGAACGGACGCCAUUUGGGCACGGCGGUUGCAGUGCCAGAUGGUGACCCGCUUGUGACUGACAAAAAAAAGGCUCAUUUUAGCUAUGUAAAAUAUUAGGGAAUUUCGAUAUGUAAGUGAAAGUUAUUAAAUUAAUAAUGUUUCACCGUGUGUGUGUGUAUGUGCUCGUUGAUCGGCAACUAACGGUAUUACUGGCGGUUACUAUCAGGAAGUGGUUGAUGUGGGUUUACUAGUAUUAGUAUCUAGUAUCUAGAGGGUCAGCGUGAAUACACUUACACCCUGGAAUCAGAAAGCGAUAGAUGGAGGUGUAGUUUUAUGUUUUUCAUUUUUCAGUAGCACAACAACAACAGUUGAGAAUGCAGUUAGAGUCGUGUUAUUUCUAUUAGAGUAACAUUUUGAUAAGUUUCAUAAAAUUUUAAACGCUUAAAAUCGUUAAAAUACUGGUGGUAAACGUUGUGGAAUCAUUUAAACUUGGAGUGGCAGGAUCUUUGAAUGACGAUUAUUUGUAAAGUGGUUGAUUCGAGAAAGAGAUUGACAAGGAAUUUCAGUAAUUCGAAGUUGUCAUCAUUGCUCAGGUGGAGGUCCCCUGUGGCAUCCCAAGUAACAAUUCUAAAGCUACUUGGUUUUACUUGAAUUUUAUAAUGGUUUUAUUGCGGUAUUAAUCAUUACCUCUGGGUUUAUUAUGGUAUUGCGCAAUACCAAAAGGAUACGAGCUCAAACACACUUACAGCUUGCUGGAAAACCAUAAUAAAACUGUUAAGAAAGCAAAUUUAUUGUGGUUGCUUAUAUUACAACAUUAAAACUUGUUGGCUGCACCACGUCUCUUAUAAAGUUCCCAUAAGUGUGGCCUAGCAAUACAAAAUGGCGCAUCAAUCAAAAUUGAUCUUAUCGCGGUAACCGCAAUAAAUCUGUUAGUUUUAUAGAGCUAUUAAAAGGGAAACACCCUAAACAAACUGUUUUUUGCUGCUAUUAUGAAGAAUACCAAAGUUUAAUACCAAAAUCAUUGUUUAUGCGAAGUCAUAUUGCCGUAUUAUAGUAUUUUGUUUUAGCACGCAAACAAAAAUUCACCAAAGCAAAGUGUUUUGCAGAAAGAAAGUUAUUAUCAAUUAGUUUUCCUGUCAGAGGAAGCAACUAAAAUGAUUUUGCUAGAAAUUAAGAUUGACUAACUGAAUAUUUUCAAUUUGUUAAAACAACCAGCUUUCGAAAUUUGCAAAAUUUCACUGCCGCGCUGAUUUUAUCGACCUAUCGAAUCAAUAUGCACGAUAAAAUUAAAUGCGCACAUGCUGCAAACCAACGAAAUUGCUUAAAAUUUAAUAAAUAUUCUAUGGGAUAUUUUAUUCUGGUCGCUAUAAACCAAAUCAUUCAGAAUGAUCUGUCAGUAAAUCUUAAACUUUUCUGCUCACGGAUAUAUUUUCAAGUUGACAAAGCUAGGGAAUUUAUUUCGCUUUUGCCAGAAAAGCGAAAAGCUUUAUUAAAUUAUGGCGAUGGCUGUCAAGCAGCGAAAGCUUAACCGGUUUUAUUGCUGAUUUCAGCAGAGCGUGAUACGACUACUUGAGCUUAUAACCUGAUUCUUAUAGCGGUUAUGAAAACAUUCUGAAGAGUGGGCCACCUGGUCAGAACGCAGUUUUAUAGCGGUCAUCAGAAAUCUGGUUCUGGUGGAGCUCAUAGUUUUAUUAGCGGUUUUAUGAAAUUAGUCAUGAAAACCACUACACAAACGUAAUAAAACUUGGAAUUGUUACUUGGGAUGUAUUGUAUACAUAAAUUAUCCCUAUUCAAUUCGGUUUACAGAUUGUAUUUAAGAACAGUGAUCGAAAAAAUUUACAGUCCUUCAUGAAUGCCAAUAGAAAAUUCAUUCAGCGCAUAAAACCGGGAUGGCAAGUGGUGUAUCUGGGUGCUGGGUUAUUUAUCGCCAAUUCGUUGAGCAUCUCGACACAACCAAAUCGGCUUCAACCUGGUCGAGCCAUCUAGUAAGUUGGGUCUCUCUAUUCCUAAAGGCCCUCAUACGCGUACGAACAUGUUGAUAGAAAAUGUUGGUGAAUUCAUGUUCAGUCAACACUCUCGCCUGUGUAUGAGCGCCUCAAACCAAGCAGGCAAAAGAGCAUGUUGGGCUUGUCGCUCUGAUAUAUUAAAUUAUUUAAUACGUUUUUUCGGGAGAGGUUUUCAAAUCUCUUCAGAAUCCACAAUCAGCAGAUUCAUCUUCGAUGAAGUAGCAAGGUAUGAGGGCGAAGUUUCUGAAGGUUUUUGAAGGUUUAUCAUUCUAAUAAUGAGUUUUAAGAAACCGACAUUUAUUCAAAAGAAAUUGCGGUUGACUGUGACCAGUGUUGCGAAGCCCGCACUUGUGUGGGCUAAUUUUCUCACACACGCGACUCGUUCUAAU